AAAUUGAUAACGUUUAUAUACUAGGUAGAGAAUAGUUGAUAUAAUUAACGUUGAAUUUUCAUAAUUAUUUAGUAAUUACUGUUAAUAAUCUUAUGUUGUUUGUUUAUAUAUUAUUGUAAGUGCAAUAUUUAUUUUAUGUUUUAAGUUUUUGAUUAUAAUCUAAUUAAGACGUUUCAAAAGAGUACUACGCAAGAUGUUAGGUCGCCUUCCUCCAUGUGUAAUAGAUGUUGGUACUGGGUACACAAAAUUAGGAUUUGCUCCCAACAAAGAACCCCAAAUGAUAAUACCUUCAGCUAUUGCCAUCAAAGAAACUGCUAAGGUUGGCGACCAAGCUGUUCGGAGAUUAACUAAGGGCGUAGAAGAUUUAGAUUUUUAUAUAGGAGAUGAAGCAUUUGAUGCUAAAGGAUAUUCUGUUAAGUAUCCUGUACGACAUGGUUUAAUUGAAGAUUGGGAUUUAAUGGAAAGAUUUCUUGAACAUUGUAUUUUUAAAUAUUUACGUGCUGAACCUGAAGAUCAUCAUUUUUUGCUCACUGAACCACCAUUGAAUACGCCUGAAAACCGAGAAUAUACAGCAGAAAUAAUGUUUGAGACAUUUAAUGUUCCUGGACUAUAUAUCGCUGUGCAAGCAGUAUUAGCAUUAUCUGCUUCUUGGAAAUCAAGGCCACUACACGAGCGUGUUUUAACAGGCCUUGUGGUUGACAGUGGUGAUGGUGUUACUCAUAUUAUACCUGUUGCAGAAGGUUAUGUUAUAGGGAGUUGUAUCAAACAUAUUCCAAUAGCUGGCCGCAAUAUUACUUAUUUCAUUCAGUCAUUACUAAGAGAACGAGAAAUUGGUAUUCCACCUGAACAAAGUUUAGAAACAGCUAAAGCAAUUAAAGAACGUUAUUCAUAUAUAUGUCCUGACAUAGCUAAAGAGUUUGCAAAGUAUGAUUCUGAACCAUCAAAAUGGUUGAGAAAAUAUGAAGGAAUCAACAGUGUUACAAAACAACCAUUUUCUGUUGAUGUUGGAUAUGAAAGAUUUCUAGGACCAGAAAUAUUCUUUCAUCCUGAAUUUUCAAAUCCUGAUUUUACAACACCUAUAUCUGAAAUGGUGGAUACUGUAAUACAAAAUUGUCCAAUUGAUGUACGUCGGCCAUUAUAUGAUAACAUUGUUCUCUCUGGUGGAUCAACUAUGUUUAAAGAUUUUGGUAGACGUCUGCAGAGAGAUAUUAAGAGAGUGGUUGAUGCUAGAUUAAAACGUAGUGAAAAGAUAGCUGGAGAUAAUCUUAAGCCUAAACCAAUUGAUGUGCAAGUUUAUACACAUAAUAUGCAAAGAUAUGCUGUAUGGUUUGGAGGAAGUAUGUUAGCUUCUUCUCCUGAGUUUUAUACUGUUUGUCAUUCUAAAAAAGAUUAUGAAGAAUAUGGUCCAAGUAUAUGUCGUCAUAAUCCUGUGUUUGGUACCAUGAUGUAAUUAUUUAUUACUGAUAUUUAUAAUAAAGUAUAAAAUAUUGGUUAUUA